UAAAUGAAUGAAAAGAAGUGACUUUGCUAUUAUCUCUUCAUUCAUUGUCCUUCUCCCUACUCUACUACAAUUUCUCUCUCUAAUUAAUUUCUUAUUUUCCUCUUAAAUACUAUUCUAUUUCCAUAUCUCACUCUCAUAUCAAGAUUGCAGUAACAUCAAGAGAUUUAAUUGAAAAGAGGAAGCUAUGGACAAUAUUAAUGAUUCCCCUCAACAUGAGUCAGAACCAUCUAAUUUAGAACUCAAACCAGAAUCUCAAGCAUCUAAGAAACGGAAAAUGGUUGAGAAAAGAGUUGUGAGAGUGAGGGUAGGAGAGAAUGUUAGUAAGCUGAAGAAUGAAGGACUUCCUACAGAUUUUGGGUCUUGGAGGAAAUAUGGACAAAAGCCAAUCAAAGGCUCUCCAUAUCCAAGGGGAUAUUAUAGAUGCAGCGCAUCAAAGGGAUGUUCAGCAAAAAAGCAAGUUGAGAGAAGUAGCACAGAUUCUUCAAUGCUUAUCAUCACUUAUACUUCAACACAUAACCAUCCAGAUCCUACAACUUUACUUCAACAACCAAAACAAUCCAAAACCAAAACAAUUGAAGAACAAGAACAUAUAGAAGAAGAAAUGAUUAAUAGUAAUAAUAAUAAGAAUAAGAAUAAGAGCACUAUAACCAAUGAUCAAAUGACAAAUGAAGAAAAUUAUCAUUACUUGCAAUCUCCAAUAGACCAAGAAGAUCCUUUCAAAUUACACACAGAAAUAAACCAUGCUGACAAAAUAGAUAUUCUGUUAGAGGAAGAGCCUCUCUGUUAUGCAAAGUUGAAGAAUUUGUCAGCAUCUAAAUCAGAAGAACUUGACUUUUUCGAUGAGCUUGAGGAGUUGCCUAUGUCUUCAUCUUUUUUACACUUUACGAGGAGCAUUUUUUCUGAUGAAAGGAUUCCUGUUGCUCCUUCUUGAUUUUAUUCAAGUGUUUUUUUUUAUCUGUUUGUGUCCUCUAGAAAAAUGUAACUAUAGUGUAUUUGUUAAUUUGGCAUCUUUCUAUUUUUCUCCUUUAUUUAUUAUAUAUAUAUAUAUUCCCUCCAA